GCCAAACGCCUGGUUUGGGGGACUAGGAGAGCGAACCCUCCCCGCCCAUAGGCAUUCAUGUGGCGCAUGAUGCAGCACUUGCUUUAUGUAGAGAUUACUCUGUUCACAGGAGGGGUGACAGACAGUAUAAAAUCUGGAUUGUUUUCAAAACAAACGCCUUUUACUCAUUCCCGACCGAUCCGUCGCCUGUCUCCGGCCCGCAAGAGGCGUGUAUCGACCCUGUCUCGAUCAAGGACCCUCUUGAUUAUCGGAAAGCUAAUCAACUUUGCUGAUCUUAUUAUCUGUCUUCUAAUCUAAGAUGGCCCCGCUCGCUUACUUCUCCGCGCUCAUUUCUGUCACGCUCGCUAUCUCGUCCGGUACGCUCGCCCAAUCGUUUCCCAGGCAAACAACUUCUAAUAUUGGCUGUAUCCCACCUACGGCGAUUCUCUCUCAGCUCUCUUCGCGUGAUAACGUUGAGAGAGCAGCUGCAGACUCAUUACCCUGCUCUACCACCUGUUUCAAUGGUAACUAUCAAUAUGCAGCCACAGCAUUAGA